UCAAAGUGAGAAUUAACGAGAAAAAGGCAUGGGCUAUAUAUUAUCCUAUAUAAACCUGGUUGUAACUUGUAAAACUCUUUCAGUUCCCCAACUACUUCAUCUGUCUCUCUGAUCUCUCUCUCUUUUCCUAACACACAGACGGUUCACAAGCCAUGGAAAAUUAUUCUAAUCUCUUUUCGACGCAGCCCUCUUCUUCUACGUCCAACUCCUACCACUUCAUGGGUACUUCAGCCGCCGCGAGCAGCCAUGACCGUCACCACCACGGACAACCGUGCAACAGCGGCGGCAGCUUGAGCCAUGGCUUGUUCUCCAACUCAAAGCAGCAGCAGGAUGGUGGUGAUGAAGGUGCAAGAAGUAGUCCACAUGGCCGGGGAGAAUCUUCGGCAGGGCCUGAUGGCACGGGCGGUGAGGCGGAUGUCGUCGUUGAGAAGAAGAAAGGCGAGAAGAAGGAGCGGCGACCUCGGUAUGCCUUCCAGACGCGCAGCCAGGUCGACAUCCUCGACGACGGCUACCGGUGGAGGAAAUACGGGCAGAAGGCCGUCAAGAACAACAACUUCCCCAGGAGCUAUUACAGGUGCACGCACCAAGGGUGCAACGUGAAGAAGCAGGUGCAGCGGUUGUCGCGUGACGAAGGGGUGGUGGUGACCACGUACGAGGGCACACACACGCACCCCAUCGAGAAGUCCAACGACAACUUCGAGCAUAUCCUCACUCAGAUGCAGGUCUACUCAGGGCUCAACAACGUCCCCACAGCCUUUAGCAACCACAUGUUUCAAUGAACGUAACCAAGCGACGCAAAACCAGAGAUUUUGUUGAUUUGUACAUUAACCCUAGAGAUGUACGUACGAAAUUAAGAGAGUAAUAAGCGUGUGUGAUUUCAUAGCUGGAUGCAAGCGUGAUUCACUCAUUUCAUGAGUUUCCCAUGUUUCUACCCAAAUAUACAUAGACGGACCGAUGAAGUGA